AUGGGCUACACCCUUGUCAUCGUCGCCCUUACCACAUGCAUCAGUAAAGCGGUCCAAAACAACGUGAUGGUUGAUUCGAUGUCUUAUCGGCCUAUGGGUACAUAUGUGGAGCGACAAAACAUCUGGGCGGAUCCGGAGGAUACCUUCAUCAGAUUCUUUCAGACUAAUGGAGCGAGGAAGUACAAUCGCGGUGAUGUGUAUCUUAAUGUGACCGAUGCCUCCCACGAAGGAGAAAUCUUCUUUCCUGACCUUUUAGCCAAGUUCAUUGUCAACUUCCGUAUGCUUAGCGAUAACUCCGCGAGGUUGUAUCUGUUCUUCUCUGGUGGCAACGGUGAUGAUGAAAAGUGGGCUCCUGCUUUCGUUCGUGUCUUCAAAGAGUUCAUCUACGACUACGGAACGCCCAAGAUGGGCCGGCUCGGUAUCAGUUUCAAUGUUGAUCUUCAUGAUCAUAAUACCUGGAAUAGGAUUUUCGACGCUGCCGAUACCCUGAAAGCCAACUCAUGGAUGGACCCUUUUGACCUUGCGAUUGAUGUGUUGAUAAACUUCAACAACCGUGAUGCUCAAUUGGUGGACGAAGUCAUGUACAGGGCUGAUCAUGUUACUGUUAGAGGCAUCGGGAACUACGACUCAUAUCUGGAUCACUCUAUUAUGGUCUUCUUUCUCGCGUCUUGUCCCAACUGUACUAAGGAUAACUAUUCCAAUUAUAAGGCCAAGAUCACUUACAUGGCCGUAGGUAACUGCCAUGAUCCGCCUAGCUGCAGUCAAACAUCGAUGUGUGCUUAUUACAGUAACCGUUCUGAUGAUCCUAAAGGUGGUAUUUUGUAUGCUUACAAUCAGCUCACUGGGGCGAUCGAUUACAUCGAAUCAUACAAGUAUCCAUUCGCCCAUUUUUUCGAAGCGGGUGGCACUCAUAUCAUGCUCGACUCUUUCGACUGGGUUAUGUGCUUCUACGGUAGCGAAACUUGGGAUAUGCUCGGCCUUACACGAUGUGUUUCGGAGUACCGACUCGCCUCGCAGAAGUGUCGCGCCCAAGGAUGA